CGGAUGGUUUGCAGUUUCAUAUGGUAUGCAGACCCCAUUCAAGGGUCCCAAUCAUGAAGGAUCUCCGGUGGUGACGAAGCUGCCGAUCUCCGGACUAUCUCUUAGUCGGUCAAGUCGCACUGCCUCUUUUCGAGCUUCUCUCGCAAAAGAAAAGAGUAAGCCUUGCAGGCAGAUAUUUUUCGUGCCUUGAUAUGCAGCGUAUCUAUCCAACUUCAAUCAUCUGGAUUGCUACAUGGGCCCGGGAGCAAGCAAGCAAGCAAGGCACAGCAAUCCACUUUAGACAACCAUACUCAACUAUCAAUGGGACUCGUCUUUGCUUCGCCUGUAUAACACAGACUACUAGACCCCAGCACCACGAUGAGGUGCGAGUCCAUGCUGGGGGCCUGGAGUCCGUUAGCCAAGCGGAUAACGCUGACGUACCUCUGUAUGGUGACGCGUGGGCAGCCAUCGAAUGUUCUUGGCUAUUAGUAUGAUGCUUCGGAAUCUGGAGAUUUGGUUGCAUAUACCCGUUGUUUGUUGUUAGGUUUUCUGGUGUGGCGUGGAGGCGUAUGUGGUGAACACGCAUGAUUUUGACAUGAGCUCGCAACAAAGUUAUUCGAUACAUCACUGUGAGAGACUUGCUAGAAACAUAGUGCUGGUUGAUCGGUGAUGCGCGUUGAUGUUGUCUGGAGAUGGAUCAGUGAUCACUGCUAUUGGGUUCUUAGAAUUAGAGGGAGUGUAUCAAUAAGAUAUGGCAGCCAGUAUGGUCAGUAAGCGAUGUCGGUGGAUUACCCGGCAUGUCUUUAUGAGAUACAGCUCUGUAUAUGCAUGGG